ACCUGCAUCUGCAUGUUUUUCUGUUUAUGGACUGAAGGCUAGCAGUUGCUUGUUUGCAGGUUGGUAAUACGUUUUCGGAACUACUGAGUAUGGCAACUUAAGGAACACAUUUAACCUCUUGUUGUAAUCGUACCGCCAUUGGUGCACUUUGUUUUGUUGCUUUGUUUAUUUAACUCAGUUCCAGGAGUCGUUGCCAUCUCAACAGAACCUUCCUCAGCAAGCUAGCAGCUAACGCUAGCCUCCAUAUUUAACCUUCCAUACGCGAUAAUUCGAAACGCUUUAUAUAUCUUUGUGUUUUACAAGAGCACACACCAGCUGUAGCAUCUCAGGCAAGCAAAGACACUUUGUCAUUUGAGGGGGAAACAUGUCUGGAGUUAGCAGAGGACAGAGAAGCGCGGCUACUAGUGCCCAUCACAACCAAGAGAAUAUGCUGUCACGACUGAGGGGCUCAAUGAAACCCCGAGCUGCUGCAAACGAAGACCAAGAAAACCUUGCACCGAAACAAGUAUCAGCCGGCAGCAGAAACGUGCUGGGGCCCCUGCAGAACAACCUGCGGAUCAAAACCCACAAUCAAUGCGAGAAACAGGAAUCAUCACAGUCCUUGUCCUGCAAAAAUGAAGAUUUGGUCAAAAGCUGCCUGGAGAAGCCCUCCGCUAAACUACCCACGUUCCAGGUCCAUAUGGAUGAGCCUGAUGGCGCCUGCAUCAAGAAGCCACAGCCUGUGGUCAAAGCAAAGUCUAUCUCUGAAGAGUCUUCCAUCACAUUCAGUGCAGUGGCACGGCUUCGGCAGCCCCUGGCCACCCUUGAUAUUCCAUCAGCAAUGGAUCUCAGCUUUGACUCUCCCAUGGACAUGUCUGUGGUUGAGGGGGAGGAGAAAACGGUUGAUGUAAAUGACGUCCCAGAAUAUGCUGCUGAAAUCCACACAUACCUGAGGGAAAUGGAGGUUAAGACCAGGCCUAAAGCAGGCUACAUGAAGAAGCAGCCCGACAUCACCAACAGCAUGAGGGCCAUCCUGGUGGACUGGCUGGUCGAGGUUGGAGAAGAGUACAAGCUACAGAAUGAGACUCUUUACCUGGCUGUAAACUACAUCGAUCGCUUCCUCUCCUCCAUGUCUGUCCUGAGGGGAAAGCUUCAGCUGGUCGGCACCGCUGCCAUGCUGUUGGCUUCGAAGUUUGAGGAAAUCUACCCCCCAGAGGUGGCAGAGUUUGUUUACAUCACAGACGACACCUACACUAAGAAGCAGGUGUUAAGAAUGGAGCAUCUGGUGCUUAAAGUGCUGUCCUUUGAUCUGGCCGCUCCAACCAUCAACCAGUUUCUCACCCAGUACUUCCUCAAUCAGUCGGUUAGCAAACAGGUGGAGAGCCUGGCAAUGUACCUCGGGGAGCUCAGUCUGGUUGAGUCGGAUCCUUUCCUCAAGUACAUCCCAUCACACACAGCUGCUGCAGCCUACACAUUGGCAAACCACACAGUUACUGGUGGCUCAUGGCCCAAGUCCUUGACAGAGAUGACCGGCUACUCCCUGGAAGAGCUGAUGCCAUGUGUGGAGGAUCUGCACCAAAUUUACCUCAAUGCCUCUCAGCAUGCACAGCAGUCAGUCCGCGAGAAAUACAAGGGCCCAAAGUACUCUGAAGUUUCCCUCAUCGAUGCGCCAUCGAAAUUGCUGCUGAACUAACUUCUCCCCCCCUCCCAUGUAGAGUUUUGUAACCCUCUCGGUCAUUAAUAUUUUUUUUUAAUGAUGUUUGCCACAAUUUAAUAGGACAUUGCCUGCUCUUCUUGGAGUAGUGCUGAUGUGUUUUUUUUAAAAGGUAUUUUUAUAUAAUCCUGAAAUCCCACCAGACGCUACCGUUUUGUUGGUGAAUCAAAGCAGUUUUAAUGUUGACUUUUAAUCGCAGACAAAAUGUAGAGGUCUUAUCGCUGCUCUUGAGCUUUGAGCUACAGUGUCUUAAACUCCAAUAGACCUGUGAUGUUUUGAACGUUUGACCUCAUGUGAUGCCGAUUAAAGCACAUUCUGUCUGUACUGGAGUCAGCUGUCAUUAUAUUGGUGUCUUGUAAGUCCUAACAGCUUUUUUUCAAGGCCCCAUCUGCACUGUAAAAUAUGGCUCUUGUAAAUAAAUUCAUUUAAAGUCAGA